AUGGCUGGCGUGAACGAAGCCACGGGCACGCGUGGGCGUGUUUUGAUGAAUGAUGUCGACAUUGCCGCAGAACUGGAGGCGCUGCAAAGCACCACGGCCGCGCUACGCGCAGCGACGGAGUCUGUGGCUGAGGCGAGGUGUCCUGGCGGCAGCGAGGACAUCAUUACCACCAUCAACACCGACAUGGAUGACAUAGAAAAGUGGUACGGUGGUGUGGAGGCCCCCAACGGCCUUAUUUACGGCAUCCCUUUCUCCGGCACGAGCGUGCUGAUCAUCAACCCCGAUCUCAACACGUUUGACACGACCAGCAUCGCCUCGCUGUCUGACCAAGAACGAAAGUGGCGUGGCGGCAUCCUGGCCAGCAACGGCAUCAUCUACGGCAUUCCCUCGCACGCCUCCAAUGUGCUCAUCCUCGACCCCGCCACCAACAGCGUCGACACCACGACCAUCACCAACAUUCCCAGUGGCAAUUACAAGUACGAUGGCGCGGUGCAGGCACACGACGGGCUCAUCUACGCAUGCCCGUCGCACGCAACCCACGUGCUCAUCAUCGACCCAGCCACCAACACCGCAUACCCUAACAAGAUGGGCGGUCUCCCGCUGGCCACGAACAAGUGGUUUGGCGCCGUCCUGGCCAACAACGGCCGCAUCUACUGCAUGCCCGGUAAUGAGGACUCCGUGCUCAUCAUCGACCCCAAGCUCCACUCGCUGGACAUGACCACCAUAUCUGACAUCCCGGAUGCCGAUCAGUGGCGCGGGGGCGUGCUGGCCGACAACGGCAAGAUCUACGCCAUCCCAUCCCACGCGGACUUUGUGCUCAUCAUCGACCCCGAAACCAACACCAUCGACACCACGUCCAUUGUGGGCCUUCCGGACAUGGAUGACUUCAAGUGGACGGGCGGCGUGCUUGCAGGCAGCGGGCUCAUCUACGGCAUUCCCCGCAACUACUUCACCGUGCUUGUCAUCAACCCGUUUGACGACACCGCCGACACGACAUCCCUUGCUUUUGACACUAGAACAUCGCCCUUUCGCUGGUCCACGGGCGUGCUUGCCUCCAACGGUAACAUUUACGCCAUCCCAUCAUAUUCCCAGAACAUUCUUCUUUGA